AUGCAGAGGCUUUUGCUACUGCUUCUGCUUCUGCUACCCAUUGUAUGCAAAGUCAAUACAAUGCAGUGCCCUGCAGGUGAUCCGAUCCCAGUUCCACAUGAAUGGUACCAGCCAGGUGACCUCCUGAUUGGUGGGAUUGUUUCUCAGAUCUUUUACCAUUCUUCAGAAAUUAAAUUUAAGGAAGAUCCUUCUCAGGAGCUACUUGAGGUUCCACAUAUAGUGACAAAGUUCUAUCAGCACGCCCUGGCUUUGGUGUUUGUCAUAAAAGAUAUCAAUGAUGAUCAAAAGAUCUUGCCCAAUGCUACACUUGGGUUCCACAUCCAUGACAGCUACUACGAUGCAAGGAUGACCUAUCGUACCACUUUGGACCUGCUCUUCAAAUCACACAGAUUUGUCCCCAACUACAUAUGUGAUACCCAGAAAAACCUCAUAGCCGUCAUUGGGGGACUUACAUCAGGCAUCUCUAUCAAUAUGGCAGACAUCUUAACCCUCUACAAGGUUCCACAGCUUACCUAUGGUUCAUUUGCCGCAGAAGAGAUUCAAGCAUUGCAGAGCUUUUCCUUUUACAGCAUGGUCCCAAAUGAAAGCCAUCAAUAUAUUGGCAUUAUCCGUUUACUUCAGUAUUUCGGAUGGACAUGGGUUGGGCUGUUUGUUGUGGAUGAUAACACGGGAGAACAUUUCUUGAAGACCCUGGAACCACUGUUUUCCAAGCACGGAAUCUGUUCAGCCUUCACAAAAAGAAUCCCAGAGCAGGUUUCCAUGGAAAAUGUAGAUGAAAUACUGAAUAAAAUUGAAAGAAUUUAUGUAUCUCUCACAGAUAAGAAAGCCAGAACACUUAUCUGCUAUGGAGAAUCUUUGACAAUCGCCUGGCUGAGAAUUGUCAAUCUUUUUCAUGAUCAUGGACAUAAGGAAAAUGCUUCAUUUGGAAAGGUAUGGGUUAUGACAUCCCAGAUAGAUUUCACAUCUACUGGCCCUCAGAGAAACUGGGAUUUCCAGCUUUUCCAAGGUGCACUUUCCUUUACAAUUCAGUCAAGAGAGCUUCUGGAUUUUUCAGAAUUUCUCCAGAGCAUCAAGCCUUCCAGGACCCAAGCAGAUGGUUUUCUCAAGGGCUUCUGGGAGCAAGCAUUUGACUGUUUAUUUCCAGAUCCAGAGAUGCCUAUGAUGGAUGAUGACACAUGUACUGGAGAGGAGAGGCUAGAAAGUCUCCCUGUGGGUAUUUUUGAAAUGCACAUGACAGGCCACAGCUACAGUGUCUAUAAUGCUGCCUAUGCUUUGGCUCAUGCUCUUCAUACCUUCUACUCAUCCCAAUCCAAGCACAGACCAAGGGUGGAUGGUAGCAGUAUUGAACUUCAGUCUCUGCAGCCUUGGCAGGUUGACUUAUUUCUGCAAAAUGUUGCAUUUAACAACUCUGCUGGAGUGAUGGUGUCCUUUAAUGAUAAAGGGGAAUUGAGUGGUGGAUAUGACAUUAUGAACCUGGUCACAUUCCACAACAACUCUUUCCAGAGAGUGAAAGUUGGGAGAGUGGACCCCAGUGCAGAAGAAGACUUCACCAUUAAUGAAGAUCUUAUUGUCUGGCAUAAAACAUUUAAUCAGGUGCUUCCACUUUCUGUGUGUAAUGAACACUGCCACACUGGUCAUCAUAAGAAGAAGAAGGAAGAGAAAAAGUUCUGCUGCUAUGAUUGUGCUCCAUGUCCAGAAGGGAAGAUUUCAGACCAGAAAGAUAGAGAAGACUGUUUCCAGUGCCCGGCAGACCAAUAUUCAAACAGAAACAGAGAUGCUUGCAUCCCCCAAAUUAGAAACUUUCUUUCUUAUAAAGAACCUCUGGGGAUCAGUUUAGCUUCAGUUGCUGUUUUUUUGUCCUUCAUCACAGCUGUGGUGCUAGGGAUUUUUAUUAAGCACAAAGACACCCCCAUAGUCAAAGCAAACAAUCGGGACCUCACCUACACUCUCCUCCUCUGCCUCUUGUUCUGCUUCCUCUCUUCUUUGUUAUUCCUUGGCCAACCUUGUAUAGUGACCUGCUUUCUCCGACAACCAAUAUUUGUCAUAAUUUUCUCAUUGGCUGUUUCUUGCAUCCUGGCCAAAACCAUCACUGUGGUUACAGCUUUCAUGGCCACCAGACCAGGGUCCAGCGUGAGGAAGUGGGUGGGGAAAAGACUGGCCAUCUUCAUUGUUUUAACUUGCUCCCUUAUUCAAGCAAGCAUUUGUACUAUGUGGCUGGCAACCUCGGCUCCCUUCCCCGAUUUGGACUUUCAUUCAGUAAGUGGAGAAAUUAUUGUGCAAUGUAAUGAAGGGUCAGUCACCAUGUUCUACUGUGUCUUGGGCUACAUGGGCCUCUUGGCCAUCACCAGCUUUGUUGUAGCAUUCUUAGCCCGCAAGUUACCUGACAGCUUCAAUGAAGCCAAGUUCAUUACAUUCAGCAUGUUAGCAUUUUGUAGUGUUUGGGCCUCUUUUCUUCCUACUUACCUGAACACAAGGGGGAAAGACAUGGUGGCUGUGGAAGUCUUCUGUAUCUUGGCCUCCAGUGCUGGGCUACUGGGCUGCAUCUUUGCACCUAAAUGCUACAUCAUUGUGUUGAGACCUGAGCUGAACAGCAGGGAGCAGCUAAUAAGAAGAAAACAUUAAAGGAUUUGUCCCUUUGGUUACACUGACAUGUGUGUUAGGCAAGCACUUUAGGUACAGAUCAGUUCUCUCCCCCCCCCCCCAUUAUUUCAUUAAUUUAUUUCAUAAAAAUGUAGGAAAUCUCAAAUUGGUGUACACAAUGUUGGCUAAAUCAACCUCUUAUUACCAACAUUCUAGUCAUCAUCCUACUCACAAAGUGGCCAACCAGAUGUCUAUGGGAAGUCCAGAUAUUUGGGGGAGAGAUACAUUCAUAUAACAUUAGUUA